AAGCAAUAGUUUAGACAUCAGAUCACCAUCUCUAUAAUUCUCCACCCACUUCAAAAACUCUCUCUCUCUCUCUCUCUCUCUCUCUCCUUCCUUCCCAAUCUAACUGACAUAUGUUGGGAAAAAAGAUGGUUUCCUUCAAGAAACUAGCAAAGAAGGCCAAGACGAAGGGCGGCGGGGCAGACCGUGAGCAGUCGACGCACCACGAGUUCCUGCUCAGCGAGGCUGAGGAAGAGGCGUCCUCGUCCCCGAAGACGCCCAACGGCUUCUUCGCGGUCUACGUGGGAGACGAGCACCGGAGGUUCGUGGUGCCCACGAGCUUCCUCUCGCACCCUCUCUUCAAAAUGCUGCUGGAGAAGGCGUCCAACGAGUUCGGGUUCGAGCAGCGUGAGCGGCUGGUGGUCCCGUGCAGCGUGUCUACAUUCCAAGAGGUGCUGGGUGCCAUCGAGGGAUGCAAUGGGAGGUUUGACUUUGGGAAAUUGGUGGAGGAGUUCAUCUAGUGUAAGGAUGUUGAAGCUACCAGAUGUUGAACAGAGAGACUUUGCAUUAGAGGGGUGUUUUUUGUAAGGGAGUUGAAAGUCUUUUGGGGGAAGUAAAAUGAUCUUUGAUCUCCCCUAUUUUUCUUGGUGUAGAGUGUCAUGAACAUGCUGGAAAUGUAUCAUAUGUGAUCUAGCGUCUGCUCCCACCAUGUAAUCAAUUCAUGGUCGAGUUCAAAUUGUGAAGGAAUGAAAAAAUUUCAAAUAUAUUAGGAUAGUCAAA